GGACUUCCCACCAAAAUGGGUCGAUUGCUGCUUCUUGCUGGGCUGGCCCUCCUGCUGCCGCUGGGCUCGGCGACCAACAUCGUGUGCUACUUCACCAACUGGAGCCAGUACCGCCCUGGGGCCGCCAGCUACAUGCCCGACAACGUGGACCCUUGCCUCUGCACGCACAUCAUCUACGCCUUCGCCGGCAUGGUCGACAACCAGAUCAGCAUCCAGUGGAACGACGAGGUCCUCUACGCCGGCAUCAACGGCCUCAAGGACUACAACCCAGAGCUGAAAACCCUGCUCUCUGUCGGCGGCUGGAACUUUGGAACUGCCCCGUUCACCACCAUGGUGUCCACUCCUGAGAACCGCCAGACUUUCAUCACCUCGGUCAUCCGAUUCCUGCGCCAGCACGGCUUCGAUGGGCUGGACUUCGACUGGGAGUACCCCGGCUCUCGGGGGAGCCCGCCGCAGGACAAGCACCUCUUCACCGUCCUGGUGCAGGAAAUGCGUGAAGCUUUUGAGCAGGAAGCCAAGCAGGUCAGCAAGCCCAGGCUGAUGGUCACCGCCGCGGUAGCUGGCGGCAUCUCCAACAUUGAGGCUGGCUAUGAGAUCCCCCAGCUGUCCCAGUACCUGGACUUCAUCCAUGUCAUGACCUAUGACCUCCACGGAUCCUGGGAGAGCUACACGGGAGAAAACAGCCCCCUCUACAAAUACCCAACUGACACAGGCAGCAACGCCUACCUCAAUGUGGAUUACAUCAUGAACUACUGGAAGGACAACGGUGCCCCUGCUGAGAAGCUCAUCGUUGGGUUCCCGACCUACGGACACACCUUCCUCCUGAACAACCCCUCCAACCACGGGAUCGGGGCUCCCACCACCGGCCCUGGCCCCGCCGGGCCUUAUACCAGGCAGUCUGGGUUCUGGGCCUACUAUGAGAUCUGUACCUUCCUGAAGAACGGAGCUACUGAGGUGUGGGAGGCUGCUGAGGACGUGCCCUACGCCUACAAAGGCAAUGACUGGCUUGGCUAUGACAACACCAAGAGCUUCAAAAUCAAGGCCGACUGGCUGAAGAAGAACAACUUCGCAGGUGCCAUGGUCUGGGCCAUUGACCUGGAUGACUUCACGGGCACUUUCUGCAAUGAGGGCAGAUUCCCCCUGAUCACCACCCUGAAGGAUUCCCUGGGCCUGCAGAAUGCAAGUUGCAAAGCCCCAGCCGAGCCCAUUGCUCCCAUCACCGAGGCUCCCAGUGCAGGUGGAGGCAGCGGCAGUGGCGGCGGCAGUGGCGGUAGUAGUGGCGGCGGUAGCGGCAGCUCCGGGGGCAGCCCCGGGGGCAGCGGGUUCUGUGCCAACAGGGCCAGUGGCCUGUACCCCGACCCCACUGACAAAAACGCCUUCUACAACUGCUUGAACGGACAGACCUUCCUUCAGCGCUGCCAGGCCGGCCUGGUCUUCGACGCCUCCUGCUCCUGCUGCAACUGGUGAUGUCUUCCCAGACGCCACAUCCCCCAACCAGCUCGGAAGUUGUCGAACAAUAAAGGGCUGAGCAUUACUGUG